AUGGACGACAGCGUGGAUGUCCAAGUCACCCAGUCCCACUUUGGUGCUUUCGUCCCACAGUUUUUGCUAAAAUUCCAAGGAGAUGUGUCGCUGCAAAAUUAUUUCAGGCAGCUUCUGAAAACAAAUUAUCAGAAAGGAGUUGUGCAGCUAGGCUUUGGCCACUGCCAGGUCUGCUGCUCGACUCUGACAUACAAUGACAAACCACGACUGAAACCUAGCCAGCCCAUGACCAGGAAGGUGAGCACAAUUCUGUCCAGAUCUACAAAGCAGUCUUUGGGAAAGUAUAGUACAUACGUUCUUCAGAAGUUCUUGAGAAGCUCCACUCAAUUGACAGUGAGAUGUCCAACUUGUGAUACUGUCAAUAAGCGACCCCUCAUCACAAAUGAAGCCAAGCUGGCAGUAAAGGAAAAACUGAUCAAGAUGUCUGAGAUGGUCACCCAACCAGACACCAGUGAGAUCAUAAAGAAGAAGAAGAAGAGGAAGAAGAAAAAGAAGAAACAGAGAGAUAAUAACAGCGGUCUUCUUAUUCCUGGCUCCGUUAAUGAGCAGAAGAGUUCUGAUGCAGAUGAAACAUUGCCCAAUUUACCGAUGGAUAUUUCUUUGCUGUCACCACUCAUUCCAGAAAGAUUUUCCACGCCUCUGCCCACUAAAGGACAAAUUCCCAACCUGGCAACAUCUGCUUCUGCUAAAACUCCAAAUAGAUCGGUACCUGCCCCAGCACACUUUCAGAAAGGAGCUUUUUCAACUCCAGUAAAUAGAAAUCAGUCUGGCUCAGUGUCACAUAUAAAGCAAACAGCAUCUCUAAAGAAGGGGGGAAAUGUCCAGGGAAGUAAGAAGAUGAAGCAUAAACACUUGCAGGAGUUUCUCUCACAACAGUCAGCAGCAAUGGCCACAAAAGCAGCAUCACUUGCUGACUUUUUGUCCUCACUGUGA